AUGCAAGACCGGCGUGAGCUCACGUAUGAGCCCGAGCACAACGUUGCCGCCAAACAGCCGAUUGUGUUUGACCCGAAAAGGGCUCGCGCAAGAUUUCGACAUGAGCAGCCAGCUAAGUCGUGGGGCCGAGACCUCGGGCUGGCCAUGUGGGUUGCUGACGUAAACCACCCUCCGUUAGGCCACGAUGGCCAUCCGUACCAGCUACCAGUCGAGCCUCCUGCCGGGGAGCACGGUUUCCGUCAUGCAAUGCCGCCGGCCAAGCAGAUGCGCACCGUGGAAGCUGCGCCUCAGGGUCCGCCCGACGGGCGGUUCUGGGGUAUGGUGUUUGCGGCGGACGUGUGGGACCCCCGGUGCAGAUCAGAGGAUGGAUCUCAGAGGAUGGAUCAAUGGGUGGCUGGCACAGCCACUGCUGCCACCGCGUCACAGGACCUUGCGGCUCUCAGUCGCGUCCAAUCCGCGCGUUGGGCCGGGGCUGUCAGGUUUCCGCAACCGCCAUGGACCCCGGGCAUCAUCGGCGUCAUGUUGACCCACUCGGCGCCGCGGGGCUGA